AUGGCCACGUCGGCGCUCGCGCGCGCAGCUGAUCACACCGCGAAGUUCGGUGAAGAGCGCCAGAAGGACCUCGAGGCGGUGAAGGAGCUCGUGCGGGCCACGGAGCUCGAGGCCGAGAAGAAGGCGGAAGAGCACAGCGGCACGCGGUCGGCUCAGCCCCCGAAGUGCGAGAUCGAGAAGUCUGUGGCGGAGACAAAGUUUGACCGCUUCGAGCGCCUCAUCGCAGCGGACGUGGACAAGUACAAGGGCGACGCCGCAGCGCGCCGGAUCCUGGUCCCCGUGUUGGCAUCGAAGAUGCCCAUUUUCGUCAAAGGCCCUUUCGAGGCGGCGGCGUGCUGCCGUCUAACAGCCGACCUGCUGACGAAGCUCAAACACCAGGAGGACCAGAUAGAGCAUUCUCACGCCUCCCGCUUCGCCCUGAUCGCUCACCUGGUGACGAGGAUCUUACCGAUGCCGCUUCCAGAGGACCACCCUCAGAAGAAGACCUCGUGCUUCUGGACGCACGGCAUGAAGUACGAGACCAAGGCGGACAUCAUGCGCCAUCUGUACCUCGUCACGCGCCAUUUCGCCACCGUCGCGUUCGCGCUCCAGGCGAACAAGGAAACGGACGGCGCGCGCACCUGCGUGGCUGGUGCGCUCGCCGCCAUCAUGGACGCGUUGCUGAGGCAGCCUGUGGGCUUCCUGGGGGACGACGAGUCUGGGGGCGAGCAGCAGUGGGCCUCGCAGCCUGCCCUGCACUACAGCGGCCGCGCGGAGGGCCCUGUGAGACCCUUCGGGCUGGACCCGGGCGCGUUCGAGCAGGAGUCCCAGUCCUUGCUGCUGGUGGCCCCCGAGUACGCCUCGGUGCGCUCGCAGGUGCUGGACUACUUCGCCAGCAUCCGGAAGACGCUCGACGAUCAGCACGUCAUCUUCCAGUUCGACAAGACGCUGGCCUGCUCCCCCGGCGAUCGCAACUUCGUUGCGCAGGUCGGCAUGUCACUCGGUCUGGACCGUCCGAGAGAGGACGCGCACCUGCUGAUCACCGGGGAGCGCCCCGAGCUCAUCGAGCUCUUCAUGGAGCUGGCCUGGUUCAGGGACACGGUGUUCCUCUGGAAACAGCUCCUCAUGCCCGCCGGCGAGGGCCCGGUGAGCGGCGGCGCGGCCGCGACGGACAAGCUGCUGCAGUGGUCGUGGGAAGGCGACAGGGGCAAGCCAGACUCCUGCACGUAUGCCGUGAAGGGUUUCACUGCCAACCGGGGGCCUGGCCUGGCCCAGAAGGCCCUGGCGCUGUUCACGAAUCCUUGGCAAAAAGUGUUCGGCAAGUACAGCUCGGACAACAAGUUUGUCAGCCACGCGAAUCCCAACACCCUGGCUGGCCUCCCAGACGGCACCCUCAAGACAGAGGACGAUGUCCUCUUUCAGCAGUAUCUGCCAGACUUCAAUGGCAUGAUGAAGCAGUCGGACAGCGAGCUUCUGCUCACCUACCUGACGGCCCCUUACAUCCGCAUCCCCUUGCUGCUGGGCUUCUUCACGGACCGCGAGCGCAUCUCGCUGCUGCGCGAGCCCAUGCUGCAGUCCGUGCUGGACGCCGUGCUGUUCGAGCCAGGACCGUGGAUCAGCUCUGAUUUUAGCAGCAGCGUCGGGGUACCCAAGACUGUGCCUGCACCAGACCGUGCGCACCUGGGCACGCCCAGCGGGCUUCUCUUCAACGAGCUUGUCAAGGCUCCCAAAGUCAUCAUCGAGGCCACCCUGUCGAUCUUGUCGGUCGCAAUCGACAAGGACUCGGGCCGUCUUGGUUCUGCGAACGAGGGGCUGAUCCUCUACCUCGUGCGAACAGCUGUCAGGCUUGAGUCCUUCUUGGGGCUGGCGGAUUGUUUGUGA